UCCACUGUUUCCAGUUUUUCAUUUUCGAAGUUUCCCUCAUUUUCCAGGGUUUCAGAUUCAUUUUUUGCCAGUGAAUUUUUGAAGAUUGAAGAUCGUGACAAUAAAAAUGUGGAAGACAAAUCCGAAUAACGCUGUGAUGUUUUCGAUCUUGGCUUUUUCAUGACAAAAUAUGCGAGCUGAAUAAUUUACGAGUAAUUUGGAAAAUACCGUUGCAAAGCCUUCCUGUUAAUCUACCGUUUGCCAGAUUCUGCAAGGACUCAUUUCAGUCAUGGCGCGCGAAAUUUUACUGGACCGUUUGCUGAUGGAAAAACCGCUCUUUCCCGGUCUUCGCGACGGACGUUCACGGCGCUCCCCCGUCCGUCCCGCGCACGCCCGCAGCCGUUCCACGGGGCGCGACACGGACGAGACCCUGGGCUACAAGAAACUCCUGGAGGUGGACCUGGGACCCAUCAAGCGGGACGCGCAGACCGACAUCAACAUGCGGAAGAAGCUGGGCACGGAGGCGCUGCCCAUGGAGCAGUGGGAGGUGGGGGCGCUGGUGCGCGGCGUCCUGGAGGUGAAGGAGAAGGUGGCCGCGGUCUUCACGCAGGUGGAGCUGAGUGAUAAGCUGCGGAUGUUGCUCAACGAGGUCCUGCGCUGCCAGCAUCUGUUAGCGGUGGCCCCGGCGCAGCGCCCGUCCAAGUGGCAGCUGACCGUCUUCCCCUCGGAGAUCUUCUCGGCCUCCUCCUGCCUGGAGCCCGUCGCCCGCAUCCUGGCGAUCCUGGCCACCGGUUUGGAGAAUGUCAUUCCCUUCGUGGAGCUCUGCCACACCGUCCUGCAUCUCCCGCACGGACUGUGGAUCCUCGAUCGGAUUCUACUGCAUAAUCCCAAGCGAAUUCUCACCGUGUACGAGCAUUUGAUGGCGCAGUGCAAUGGCGAGGAUCUGGACGAUCCGGCCAGCGGAUUCUACGGGGAAAUCCUCCUGCACCUCACUCGCCAGUUCCCCAAAACCGCCAGCCAUCUCCACUACAUGGCCGUGGGACAGCAGCGUUUCUUCGUGCUGAUUCUGUCGUUGGUGCUGGAGAAGGGCCGGCAGGCGCGUCCGCCGCCGCGCACCGGCGUCAUCCAGCACACGGACUACGCGCUGGCCCCCAAGUUCAUCCUGGCCGACGCCGUGGCCCUCCUCUUCUACCAGCUGCUGGUGGCGCCGCGCGGCGAGACGCGCCAGUGGGCCGUCAAGUGUGUCGGCCUCGCCGGAGCGCGGCAGAAUGCGCAUUUCGUGGAAUGCCGACUGCAGUUACUGACCCACGCCCACAAACUCCUCCCGGAGAAACCCGGCCUCUUCCUCCCCGACGCCUCCCUCCAGUCCGCCUCGCGUCUGAUCUACCUCUACGCGACACUGAAGGAAGCGGCCAACCUGACGCUGACCAACGACGAGUACCGCAUCUUAUCCAAACUGGUGACCAGCCGCGUCAAGCUGACGGGCAGCGGCAACGCCUUCAUCAUCCUGGGCGUGUGCUGUCUGGUGUCCUUCCCGGAACUCCUCAGCGAGCGCACCGUGGAGCAGGAGAUUGUCGCCUGGAUGAAGUGGAUCCUGGAGCUGGACUUCAGCGGGCUGACGGGUGGUGGGACGUGUCUGGAGGCGCUGCUGCUCAUUGUGGCGCAUCUGCGGGCCAAUGAGUGGAAGGAGGUGUCGGCCGUCAUCAGCGGAUAUCUCCUCACCAAGGUCAAUAUCAAGCCGCAGAUGGUGGUGCGUUUGAAACUGCUCAUUAACGCUGAAGUCUUUCGCGACGAAGCGUUGUGGCGGUAUUCCCUGCGCAUCCCGCCGACGGAGAAGCUCAACGCCGCCCUAACCCACGCCCUGCCGGUGCACUGCAUCUACAAUAUCCUCCACAACAAGUCCUACGCCGUCUACAACAUCUCCGUCAAGGAAUGGAUCGCCCAUCAGAUGAGCAAAUGCUGGCUGCCGGUGCACCCGAUGAUGGUGCACCUGCUGACGGUGUUCGUGCAGACCACGCUGCCGGUGCUGCGCCGCAUCUCCGACGGCCCGGACGACUACACCGCCCUGCAGAAGCCCUUCACGCCCGCCGACGUCCUGGGGCUCAUCUACGACCGGCCGCCGGCGGCGCUCAGCGCGCUGGACAUGAAGAAGCUGCGCACCGUGGACUUGUUUCAACGCCAGGAUGUCAGCGAUCCCUACAGGAACGUCGGGAAGGUCCUCAUGGCGUUCUAUGUGUUGCUGUUCAAUGAUUUUUAUAUGAACAACCUCAAGACCUUCAUGACGGCGAAGGUGUUGGAUUGCCGGAUGUACGGCACGGAGGUGCUGGAGCGGAUCCCCUUCAAGCACUACCUGACGCUGACGUACCAGUUCCAGGAUCUGUUCGAUCCCUUGGGCGACGCGCUGGGCCGGCUGAUGCUGCAGCAUCUGCCGCAUAUGCGCACCGUCUACGAUGAAAUCAAGGCCGAAGCCAGUCAUGGCGACCGGCAUUUGGCGCUGGCCCUGCCCCGACCGCCGGCGGACGGAGAUGAUCUGACGCGUUUUCUGGACGUCCUGACGCGCUGUCCUCCGGAGCGGAUCGGCGCGUGUCUGGACAGCUUUCUGCGCCUGCUGCCGCGCGUCCUGACCGAGGAGCUGCCCGAGUCGGCGCAGGAUGCCUUCGAGCGCGUCUGGGAGCAGCUGAUGGACGUUGACACCAACACGGUUUUGUUGGCGACCACGCUGGCCUUGCUGCAGCACAAAGACAAAUCCAUCUCGUCGAUUACAUUCGAGGAGCUCUGCCUGGAGCCGUUGCAUAUCCUGCGCUGUGAUCCCAUCGUCUUCCGAAAAGUCUUCUUAACGCGGAUUUUAUUGCGGACGUUCUCCUCGUUCCUGACGCUGUCGCGGAGCUACCUGAACCAGCAGCUGGACGUGAUCGACCAGCAGCAGAUGCUGGUGACCGAGGGCGCCGUGGAUCCGCUGCGGGAGGAGCGGAAGCGCUGCAUGUUCAUGCUGCAGGAGAGCGCCGCCGUGCAGAUCUUGAUUGAGCAGCUGGACGCCGGCCAUCAGGAGGUGUCCGACGAUCUGGACCUGCCGGAACGCCUGACGGCCCCGCAGAACGCCGUCUGCAUCUUCAUCCACCAGCUGAUCAUCAGCAAUCCCACCCUGGCCAAGCUGGUCGUCUUCCAGACCUUCCCGCCGGCGCGUAUCCCGCUAGUCGUCCGCGGCGUGGAAUCCCUGCACAUCUGCCUGGACUACCUGCACGAGGCCAUGGCCCUCCCGUCCGUCACCAAGAAGCUCUUCAUCCUGGAGCUAACCAGCUGUCUGUGCGUCAAAUUCCGUAUCGCCCGCAGCGUGGCGGUGGCGCGUCUCGCCGUGGACGUCCUGGCCACCCUCCUGACCGCCUAUCCCCGCGAGGUGCGCCGCGAGGUGGUCCGGACGGGGGCGCGGGUGUUGGCGCGUCUGGGGAACAUCUUCCCGCCCCUGCGGGAGGCGUGCGUGGGGCUGCUGGAGCAGAUGGGCGAGGCGGAGCGGGCGGCGGAGACCGCGGGGGGUGCGUGGCGGGGGGCGGCCAGGAGAUUGGUUGGGGGCGGGGCGGGGCGGUCGGAGAAGGGCAACGGGGUGAAGGCGGCGUUGAAGUGUGCAAGGGGGGUGCCGCCCCUCCGCAGUUGAGGGGGCGGGGUGGUCUACUGUGUAGAAGUUUUUUCGGGGUUUUUUGUGGUAUUUUGUGCAGAGAAUUGAGUUGUAGCCGUUGAUGGGCGUCGUGUUAUGUUGCUGAUGAUUUUGUACAGGACCGAUAUUUCUUUGGCUUAUUUGAGCGACCGGAUGUUGCACGCGCGAAGCGUUUUCUCGCCAAUAUAUACUAAUCAUCUGGCUACAGGAUGUCAUAAAAACAGUGCAGAGAAUAUUAUUGUUGAUUUAUGUAUUUCGUCUAUCUGACGCAUAGCGUCAUUAGCGUGAUAGGCGUCUUGAAAUAGU